UUGCAAACUUCUGCAAAAAAAGAAACAAUCAUCUCAAACAAUCGUACUGCAUUUCGCCAUCUUUGUUUCAGAAAAUCAAAACAAACGGCUUCUGCAGCAGUUUCGCCUCGCUCUUGGAUUUCCGCUGAUUCUCGUUUUAGGUUUCAUAUGCGGGUAUGGAAGUCGAUUAGGGGAUAAAAUUGGAAGAGCAGGAAACUGAGAGAGAAUGUUUUAGUAGUGGAGUAAGAGUGAAGAGAGGUUAUAAGGAGUGCAUUGGAUGUAUUGAUUUGCAAGAUAAAAUUAAAAAAGCCAACGAAAAAUGUGCAUUACUGGAAUUAGAUAUUGGAAAGAACUAGAACUGGAAGAGCAGGGAACUGGAAAAUAUCGAAUUCCUGGAUGAGGUUAUAAAGUUGAAACAGAGGAACGACGCUCUUGAAGAGCGUAUUCGAGAUAGGAGGCGAUGGAACAGUUUGCAAUUUUGAUGAAUGAGAAUGAGGCUUUGGUGUGUGACAAGAGGAAAGCUGAAAGCGAGCUUGAGUUGUGGAAGUUAAAAUGUAAAGAAAUGGAGGCUCGAGUGAUGGAGUUGGAGAAGAAACUAGCCGUUGGAACAACGAAGGAGGGUCUAGACUGGCAAGAGAUGUGUUCAGGGAAGAUGGAUCAUAGAGGUGGUUCAUCAUCUGGAUUUAAUGUAGAAUGUGGGCACCCAUCAGUGGUAGGUGCUGCAACUGAAGAUGGAGCAAAUCAUGAUGGAUCAGAGGGAGACCAGACGUGUAUCGUCAAAUCAAGAGUUAAAAAAUGCCUAUACUUUGCUCUAGAAAGGAGUCCGCUGCAGAAACUUUCUCCCUCGAACCUUGGCUAUAGGCCACCUCUUGAACCAAUUGGUGACAGUGAUGAUGAUCUUGACAUUGAACAUGCAUCUUUACCUGAUGUUGGUUGUAACAAAAAGAGAAAGGCUCAGAGGUCAAGGGGUGUUGCAUUAGAGUCUGAGGAUGGAGUGGAGUCGCCCUUGAAAAAUAUGCAUAAGCCAACUGCUGAACAUAAGAGCGAUGAAGAGGAAACUAGCUGCUCUACUGCUGGACAACCAUUUCGGAUGCAUAAAAGGAGGAAAGUUAGGAACGGAUUUGCUCAAAUUGUUACUAGUGAGAGUGAAAGCGAUGAUAAGAUCCCACUUUCUAGACUGGCAUGCCGUCCUGAUACUCAGUUGAGGAGAAGAUUUGUUAUCGAUUCUUGUUUUGGGAACAUUUUCAGACAAGUCACUCCCAGACGACGUUUGCUGAGGGUGGGAGAUAUUAAAGAUAACAGUGUUUCAGGCAAAUGUUCUCAGAGGAGGUCUGGAAACCGGGGUGAUUUAGGAAUAUCAGAGAAUAUGAAUGACACUCUACUUGAAGAUGAAAUGGAAGAGGAUGAGUCGAGUUCUGAAGAUGAAAGUUCUGGUGGUUAUACUGUGGAUAGCACAGAUGGGUCUGAUCAUGAUGGCUCAUUCUCUGGGGAUUGUUCGGACAAAUCUGAAUGUGGUACGGGUGAGGGACAGACAUGUCGAGUGUACAGACGAGGGCAAAGGGGUGUGAUGUUUGAUCAGAAAAGACGAGUUGGCCGAAACAGAUGUGUGGCGUAGGGUGUGCCGAGCAAGCAGUGAACCUGGACUGGAUGGCAAGAAGUGCAAAAUAUGUAUUUAGUUAAAUAUUAUUAUAUUUCCGAAUAUUCAGGUUGGAAUUGGAUAUUAAGUAUUUCGAUACUUUACCUUAUUUCCAGUAGCUAACUUUUGUUUAGGAAAAUAGGGUGUACAUCUUUUGGAGAUCAGAAUAGGAGGGAUUUCAUCCUUGUUAUUUAA